UUCAAAAUAGAGUAGCUCCCUCUGUGCAAGAAACAUACAUCCGAAAGAUGAGUAUCCCUUCCAUAAAACUUGUUUCUGCAUGUUUCAUCAAACCAUAUCCCUCAAUCCAAGACUCAAACCAAAUAUGGUAUUUAUCACCUUGGGACAUUCGCAUGUUAUCUGUAAACUAUAUCCAAAAGGGCCUUCUCUUCAAAAAACCAACGACAUCACAAAACCAACAACAUUUCAUCAACAAGCUCAAACACUCUCUUUCUCUAACACUUUUCCAUUUCUAUCCUCUCUCAGGUCGUCUAGUUACGCAUAAAACUCUAGUUCCCCCUUCUUACACUGUUUUUGUCGAUUGCAAAAACAGUCCUGGAGCUAAAUUUAUCCAUGCAACUUUAGAUAUCACCAUAAAUGAAAUCCUCUCCCCCAUUGAUGUCCCACCCAUUGUUCAUUCCUUCUUUGAUCACCACAAAGCAGUCAACCAUGAUGGUCACACCAUGUCUUUGUUGUCUAUUCAAGUCACUGAAUUAUUAGAUGGUGUUUUUAUAGCUUGUUCCAUGAACCACUCUCUUGGUGAUGGAACUGCUUAUUGGAAUUUCUUUAACUCAUUUUCUAAAAUAUUUCAAAAUGACACUAAUACUAAUCCUGUUUCAAUUUCACACCAGCCCAUCCAUAAUAGAUGGUUUCCAGAUGGUUAUGGUCCAAUUAUCAACCUUCCUUUCAAACAUCGCGACGAGUUUAUUCAAAGAUAUGAAGCACCCAUUUUGAAAGAGAGGUUCUUCCGUUUUUCAGCAGAGUCUAUAGGAAAGCUUAAAGCAAAGGCAAACAAAGAGUUUAAGACAACGAAAAUCUCUAGUUUCCAAUCAUUAUCGGCACUAGUUUGGAGAUCUAUAACUCGUGCUCGACAACUUCAACAUGACCAGACAACAACUUGUAAGUUGGCUAUAAACAACCGAACGAGAAUGGAACCCUCACUUCCUAAGGAAUAUUUCGGGAAUUCAAUUCAUACAUUGAGUACUGAAACAACUGUAAGGGAAUUGCUGGAAAAUAAUAUAGGAUGGGCAGCUUGGAAGAUUCAUAUGGCUAUUGCAAAUCAUGACAACAAAGUGGUGCGAGGAUCGGUGGAAGAGUGGUUACGUUCUCCUUAUGUGUAUCGAAUGGAUCUGUUCUUUGAUCCUAAUACAGUUAUGAUGGGUAGUUCACCGAGGUUUAAUAUGUAUGGGAAUGAGUUUGGAAUGGGAAAAGCAAUGGCAGUUAGAAGUGGAUAUGCUAACAAAUGUGAUGGAAAAAUAACAUCAUAUCCAGGACAAGAAGGAGGAGGGAGCAUAGAUCUCGAAGUGUGUCUUUCACCAGACAAAAUGAUGGUCCUGGAAUCAGAUGAAGAGUUCAUGAGUUCAGUUUCAGUAUUUAAUACAUUGCUCUAGUCUUUGAGUAUGCUUUUGUGUUUAGUCCACUGUUUGUUAGUCUUUGAGUAUGUUUUUGUGUUUAAUUCAUUGUUAGUCUUUGAGUAUUUAAUUCAUUUGUUCAAAGCAAAGUUAUCCGGCCCUCCUCUUAAUUCAUUCAUUGUUAAUGCUGUGAAGCAUCUUUGGAAGGUAAAAGCGCCUCAUAAAGUUCUCUUUUUUAGAUGGAGGAUUAUUCAUAAUAGAUUAGCUAUCAAGGAUCAAUUGAUUAAGGAAUUUUGAUGGAUGGUAUUGUUUCGGAUUGUGUUUUUUGCUCUCCCAAUUUGCUUGGGGGCUGUUUAGUGGUGGAGGCUAUUUGGAGAAAGGUGUACGAGUGGAUUGGACCCGUGGAUAAUUUAUCAUUGGAAGAGUUCUAAGGGUUUCUUUUUGAUUUCGAGAAGGUGAAGAAUCUAGCCAAGAGGUCCUUAGUUACGGUGAUUUGGUUAGCAACGGCUUGGAGUAUUUGGAAUAGGCGUAAUUGUAUCAUUUUUAAGAAUGAUUCGUUUAGCUUCACCGAAUGUAUGUCGGAGGUUGUUUUUAUUUCUUGGAAAUGGUUUUAUUCUCGAUAUAAGUUAGCUUCUAAUUGUAACUUUCACGUGUGGAAUAUUCUACCGCUCAUUUGUUUUGAGUUGUAGAAUUUUUCCGUCUUGUAAU